CACUUGUCCAUCAUUCAAGAGCGUUCCUUCACUUCUUGCAAGACAUCUCAAUUGAUUCUCGAUCACCGCGCCGACCUGCAAAGCCAACUUCAAGAUGGGCUCCUGCAACAAUGCCACUACCUUCGUCCUCAUCACCGGUGCUAAUCAGGGCCUCGGUCUUGAGUGUGUGAAGAAACUAGCCGCCGAACAACUAGAUUUUCACAUCCUUCUAGGAUCACGAAGUCUGGAAAAGGGUAGACAAGCAGCCAGCACCGUUACAACCCGGGCCCAGGGCACCACGGUCGAACCUGUCGCACUCGACGUCAACAAUGAAGACUCGAUAAGUCAAGCCGUCAAGUACAUUGACGGAAAAUAUGGUCGUCUCGAUGUUCUACUCAACAAUGCCGGAGUCAUGACGCUCCCGGGCCUCUCUUUCCGUGAAGAGAUGAAGCAGGUCAUCGAGACCAACGCGAUCAGCGCGGCAUGUGUCACCGAAGCUUUCCUCCCACUGAUGAAAAGGGCCCAGGCGCUGCCGCCCCGGCUCCUCUUCAUGUCCUCGGACUUUGGAUCCAUCGCCUACUGCCUGGAUCCCUCGCGACCUUUCUACGGCUACGACGCGAAGCCGUACUUCACCUCCAAAGCGGCAAUGAACAUGGUCGGGGCUCAGUACGCCGUACAACUCGGCAGGGAGGGGUUCAAGGUCAACAUGGUGGACCCGGGCUUUCGGUCGACCAACCUCAACGGCUUUCACGAACUCGGAGGUGUGCCCGCUGCGGGCGUCCUCGAAGCGUGCCGAUUGAUGAUCGACACCGACAAGAAUGGCCAACACGGUACCUUCACAUCGAAUGAGAAGCAGCAUCCAUGGUAGUGAUGAUGAGCACCUUCAUGGGUGAAUUCUGUAGACCUUUGUGGGAGUUUCAGAUUCUAGAUUCGAAUACUCAUCUAAAUCCAUCCAAUCGGUUGUCCUCUACGGUAUGGCGGGUUAUAGUGCCAUCGUAGCCGUGUGUGCCUGGAGUCUACUCGGUCGAUGGACGUGACUACAAGAAUGAAUUGCUCAUGUGGAAGUAGGUAAAUGACAAGAGCCACCGAGUUACCGAAAGGGCCCAUCCAAAGAUGAACGAAAAGAAAGGAACUAUACUAGUCCAUGAAGGGAAUGUAACCGAAUUCAUCGCCGAGUAGCCGUGGGAACAAAAGAUCCAUUUACCGUUUGCCCCCGCAUUCAGACAGCCUCGCACUUAACAUCUUAACAACCUGUUGGCUGUCGUAUUAUUCCUCGACGCCCGGCUGCUUCAUUAUUCUCAACUCAUCUGACCCUCUCAAGAUGUUAUCUCAUGAUGGUCCGUUGAAUCCUCGGCAAUAGGCCAAAAAGGAGUAGUAUGGAGUACUCCUACCUCUUUUCGAUCCUAUAGCGAGAACCAUGGCCCAUCUUAGUGGCUAUAUCAAGUUUCAGCCUCGGCUCUCCAAAGAUUUGCGGAGAAUAUUGCCUAACUA